AUGGCAAAUCUCGACGGUGUUGGAUCGUCUCAAGUAGCCAUUUCAUUGGAUCAUUCAAAGAGGCGAUUUUGUUCAUGUUUCGAUAUGUUUCAGACAUUCGGCCUGUUGGCCUACUUUAUUGGCCUGUACGCCCUCUACGCUGGCUUCUUCGCAGCACUUAUAACAAUCGCGCUCAACAUUCGGAAGGACAACUAUAUGCAUCUCAACAAGGAGCUCACGGGACACUUCAUUGCAGAUGGCGCAUACACGACACCUUGGUUAUGGCUCCGAGACCACAUGCAACAACAGCUGCAGAAGUAG